GCGUAAAUCUAUGAAAGUAACAGUCACGGUAUCAUAAGUCGAGUUCAUUUCGGCUAUAAUUAGAAACUGUCCUUUUAGGCUCUUAAAUCUCCGCGCUGAUCUGAAAAAACCGCAAGACCUUGACCUCAGUCGCAAAGAUGACGAAAAAUCUCAUCUUACCACGAAGAAGCUUCUUAUAAGUAUAUGCAACCUCGAAUAUAUACUGGAAAAUGCUUUGAAAGGUAUCAACAAACGAAUGUUUGACUGCGGAGUAAAGUAUGCAGAUGAAGUUUACGAGAAGGCUAAGGCGAAGUUAUCACUUUAUCGGCAAACUCUGGUUCGGUGCUACAUAAUGAUCAAAAGUAGUGCUUUCUCAACGCUCAUAGAAUCAGCCAACUAUGAGUAUAUACCUGAUGAUGACGUAUCUGAUUAUGCCAAGGAAAUGAUGAUGUGUUGUGUAUUACAACAAGCAGAAUUAGAGCUUUGUUCACCUCAACUUACAUCCGAAUGUCUACAGCUCCUUUCUCCUUCCAGGCUACAGUACAAAAUGCUUUUGUUAAUUUAUUGGAUCAGCUAG